GAAGAAUACUACAAACGAGAAUGGCCAGAUUAUUUCUGAGCCUGAUUUAACCACAAAGAUAUUUAGUCUUUAUCUAAAUUAAUAUGACAUGACUCAGACUUUGUGAAGAAGGAAGCAGGGACAUCGAAUUUACGUUGCAAGUUGUUUUUUUUCUUUUGCCACCGUGUCUUGAUUUUUUUAUGUGUUUUUUUUUCCCUACUUUUGGAAGAAACCCAAACUAUAGGGUUUUUAAAUUUACUCUCAAGAAGUUAGUUAAAAAGAUAUAUUGUUUUGCUAACUAAAAACAAAGAACUGAUCGUUUAAAAACUCCACUAUUUGGUAAAAAAUAGUUGUCAACAGCCAAAAAUAUAACUAUAAAAUGCUGCCGUUCAUUUUUUAAACCUUUCAUCUCUCUCGUUUCUUCAAUUAAUCCAACUCCAACUUUGUAUUUAGAAUGGGAAAACGACAUGAUUGGUCCCUGACCGCUUGUAUUUUCCUAUUAUUGUCUCUAGCAUUACAAAUCCAUUGUAGUAGCCAAACACGUUUUCCAAGUCAUAAGCGAGGAGUUGGAUUGUCAGGUGACACAAGCCACUUCAAUUCUAUUCGUCGCGAAAAUGUGCUUUCGCUUAAGGAGAAAGAUCUAAUCAAGCAGCUCCCCGGACAACCUUCCGUUAGUUUCAGACAAUAUGGCGGUUAUGUGGCCGUAAACGAACCCGCCAGUCGGUUUUUGUACUAUUAUUUCGUGGAAGCCAUCAAACCCAAUAAAUCUACUCCUCUUGUGCUUUGGUUCAACGGAGGACCUGCCUGCUCAUCUGUAGGACUUGGGGCAUUUGAAGAGCUUGGUCCAUUCCGCGUACAUAGCGACGGCAAAACGCUUUUCCGCAAUCCGUAUUCAUGGAACAACGAGGCGAACAUGUUGUUCUUCGAAGGGCCGGUAACUGUAGGAUUCUCGUACUCGAGUACUCCAUUUGAUGCGGAGAAAUUUGGGGAACAAGGGGACAAGCUGACUGCAGAGGAUAACUACAUGUUCUUUGUGAAUUGGCUUGAAAGGUUUCCGGAAUAUAAAGGAAGAGAAAUUUACAUCGCCGGUGAGAGUUACGCCGGUCACUAUAUUCCCGAACUUGCCCAGAUCAUCCUUCACCGUAACAAGCAAACCUUCAUCAAUCUACAAGGCAUUUUGAUUGGUAAUCCAGGUCUGGACGUACUUACCGAGCAUGAUAAUGAAAACGAAUUUAUGUUAAGCCAUGGUUUGGUUACCCAAAAAGAUAUUGAAGAGUCCAAUAAAGUCUGCCUUGGCGACUCAUUCAAUAUGGAAGAAUGCACAAAGAUAAUGGUGGCUAAAUUUGAUUAUACAGACAGCAAAGUCUUGGACAUUUACAACAUAUACGCUCUUGUGUGCCAAAACUCCACGUUGAGCAGCGAACCCAAGAAAUGCACCACAAUAAUGGAGGUUGAUCCGUGCAGAAGCAACUACGUGAAGGCUUAUCUUAACAGAGAAAAUGUUCAAGAAGCGAUGCAUGCCAACACCACAAAAUUACCGUACGAGUGGAAGUCUUGCAAUGAAGACUUGAAUUAUUUAUGGAACGAAACUGAUAAAGAUGCCUCAAUGAUUCCUAUCCUUCACGAGCUGAUGGGUAAGGGUGUCCGAGUCAUGAUCUACAGUGGAGACGUGGACCUGGCGGUUCCGUUUACAGCUACAGUGGCCGUGCUGAAGGAGAUGAAUCUAACGGUUGUAAAGGAAUGGCGUCCGUGGUUUACCGGAGGACAGCUGGGAGGGUUCACAGAGGAUUACAAAGGGAACUUGACGUAUGCAACUGUGAAAGGAGCAGGUCAUAUGGUUCCUACGGACCAACCUAUACAUGCUCUGAAUAUCUUUACCAGCUUUAUCCGUAACACUCCUCUCCCUCAAACACCCUGAUCUCUAACUUGUACCACCUCUAUUGACUGAACAAAAUACUUGGUCUAUACAUGAAUAUGAUGUUUCUUGUAAUUAAAGUCAAUAUUCUACUCAGAUAGCCAUAUUUACAUAUUUUGGUAGUAUAUUAACCAAAGAUAUUACUUUUUUUUAAACUGCAAAUCAAUUUUAUUAUAUCAUAAAAGUUUACUUACACAAUAAAUAAAAAUGUUAAAAAAGUAAGUACAUGUUUUGUAUUAAAAAGGAACAAUAACAAUGAUCUUAAAUUCUAACUUCUAAAUGCACAUACAACACUCAUGCUCAACAAAUUAUACAUUAGUUAGUUAUUGUCAACCAAACAUAAUGCGACAUCAUCAAACAAUAAGAUUAAUACAGCAGUAGCCUG